CCCCCCCCCCCAUCUGUACACAAGAUUAAAGCAAAUCCAAGUCUGAGAUGCAACCUCACAGAAAUUCUUUUGGAGUUUAUAAAGAAACACAGAAUCAAGUUAGAAGGGACCCUUAAAGGUCACCUAGUCCAACUGCCCUACAACAAACAGGGACACCUACAGCUUCAUCAGGUCUCUCACCAGCUCAGAUCAUUAAGGGCUGGAGGCAAUACUAAUUCCUAACUCCCACUGACUGGACAGCACGAAGCUGCAGUCCCUCAUGUACAACAAACCUAUUGGUGCAGAUCUGUGCUCACACUGAGAGGAUCUGGGGCACUGAAAUGGAUGAGAACUGGUAAAACAUUACGUGUGCAGACAAACAUCCCAACAUAUGGAACGUUUUAUAGAGUUAUCCCAAAAAGGAAAGACUCCUCUUUCUCUUCAUGUGGGGACAUGAAGACAGUCAGGUAGAUCUAUGCAUUAAACAUGUCCAAAGUGUUUCAGCCACAGCACAGAGAGAAUUUUCCUUCACUGGCUCAAAGCAUCCCCCUGCCAGGAGCAAUUUGUGCUGCUGGUUAGGAGAAAGGGGGCUCCCCUUCACACAGAAGAAAUCUGGCAUAGAAAAGCAAGCCCUAAAAGCAUGGUUUCAUUAUAAACAACUCACCAAUGCAUACCUGUAAGUCUGCCAAUCUAACAGUACACCUUUUUCCAUUGCAGAGAAGCACCUGACCCGGUCUGCCUGUAAGCACUGGAUCAGCAGUAAAGCAAAGCAGGACCAGAGAUUUAGAAAACCCCAUUACAUAGCACUGCUGCUUCCCCCCCAUGGUGCACUAAACCAUCAAACACCGAGGGAAAAUGCCAUUAACACGGAGGGAGGGGAAGGUAGAGAGAGGGAGCUCACAUUUGUUCAGCUACGCUUUGCUCCCUCCCCUCCUGAAAGUGAACAAAACAACACACACACAAAAAAAAGAAGAGUUGCUGGUUGCUGAUGUCAUCCAAGUGCUAACAUAAAUCACUCACAGCACCACCGGUACAGGCAGAGGAGCGUAUAACAGGGAUGUGCAGGCAGCCUGCUGCCCAAUGUGAAGCAAGCAAAGGAGGGUGGUAGGGGGGGAAGGACAUCAUUUUUCUCCUUUGAAAACCAAGGCAACAGCACCUUUAGACAAGAUGUGGCCCUGCCUGAAUGCAAGUAGAAAAGACAAAGAAACCAUGCACUGCAACGCCGUGGGGAAAAAGACAGGAGUGAGCAGAGAGAACUCAGUCCUGGGAGUCUGAAGGGAAGAGAAAGAAAACUGGCAACGGAGAGCAUGAAGCAGUAACUCCUGAGGAAAGCGAUGCAGAGCGGUUGGUGCCUGUCCAUUCAUUUCCACGGCAUCAGCAUCUGACUGUCCCGUCCUGACAUCUCUGCCAGGAGGUGACGAGUGCUAUGAUUCACACAGCAUCCCCUGUGCUGCAGCAUCUCAGCUUCCACCCCGGGAAGCAAUAAUUUCUUUGGGAAGGGGAAUCACUGCUGGGAACGCCAGUACACCACAGCAGCACCACAAUGGGAAUAACCAUCCAGAACAUCACGGGAAGCACAGCAAUGGUGAUUUGGCCCAGAAUGGCCAGCUGUGCCGACAGCUUCUACAGUGUCAUGUACCACCCCAACUGGAACAGCGUGCUGUCCAGCUACUCCAGGAAGAGCUUCCAGAAGGAGGAGAGGGUGCCUGCCAGCCGCUCCUCAUUUGUGGUGGAAAACCUCACCCCGCUGACCACGUACCUCCUGUGUGUCACCUGCCAGUCCGCCAGCCCUUCCAGCGACCAGUGCCAGGUGUUCAACACGCUGGAACAAGACCCAGCAUCCGCCAGCACCACUAAGAAGGAGCUGGCAUUGGGCAUCUGGUUGGCCAGCAGCCUCCUGCUGCUCAUCAUUGCCGCAAUCCUCCUCUAUGGCUGCCUGCACUUGCUGUGCCGUGCGAGGCGUGAGCGGCCACAGGGCCGAGCCGGGGCCUCCCCAAGGGAAGCACAUGACUUGGAGGAGCCCAGCGGGCAGAGCCAAGUGCUACAGGACAGCGAGGAGAGGCAGCCAGAUGGCAUCCAGCUGGCCACCAUCAUUGAGAAUUCUGCAGUCUGCAGGGAGACUGGCCAGAUGGUCUCCAGCAGCCGGGAACGAGCUCCAGCAGUACAACAGUGCUCCGCUGUCAGUUGGGAACCUUAGGCCACAGUAGAGCCAUACUCCCACUUGUGCCUGCUGCCUUCAUGGCCCUUUCCAAUGCCCUUAUGCAGUCAUUGAUGCCCUGGGCGAAGGCUGAAGUUCCCCAGAAGUUUGCUGGUUAAAAAACAAAGCACGGACCAAGCCAUGGGCUUGAAUUCUGGGGGUGGGUUUAGUUGUUUUCCUUUCAUCUAACUGAGCAAAGAGACAUAAAAACAAGCAUAAACAGUGACCAAGUUAAUUUUUAGUUCCUUUUUUUCUUUUUCCUAACAAAUACAAGAAUAGAAGUUUCCACACGGGAGCUCAGUUUGCUAUACUGAAGCACAAGCCCUGAGCAGGACAGCUUGCUGGUACAUGUGUCACCACCCAAUUCUGACCACUUCUCACCUGCUCUCAAUAGUGCCCACUCUCAGCAAUGGCUCAGUCACAGCACAUCAGCUACACUCAUCAGGUUUUCAUUGUAUCCUUUCACCUCUCUGAAACCUCCACUCAGCUGAACACACACAAUACAGCACCUGUGCAAGGACAAUUCCACGUAGCUAAAGAGAUGCUUCAGGCCAACCUCAUUGACACUCUCCAGCUUCCACCAUAGGUUCCUUUCCGCACUGCAGGCAAGUGACUUCCCACAGAGACAACUGAGUUCAGAGAAGCAACUCCUGGUCCUUCCUCCUUUUUUGAUGACAGAACUCAUCCAGCAGCUGCCAGUUUCCACCCAACCAUACUAAGUUUUGUACAGCCAAAGGGCAAGGAAGUAAAAACAUACUGAAAUGCAUUUCCUGUUUGUAACAACCAAAUCUGCUCCUCAUCUCACUCUGCCUUGGACUUCGUGGCAAAGUAUCAAGCAAAAUCCUCAGACAGAAACUUGUUCACGUUUGCAAAACGAUGCAUCUUGUCUCGCUUAUGUGUAUGUCACCCUGUUUUAAAUGUCUGUUUACAGCCCCUAAAAAUGUAGUAAACCUUUACGUUGCUGUAUAAAAUGGUAUUUCUAGAAUAAGGACACACUCACUGUGCCUGCAGGUAUUUUAAGCUGCCUCUGGCACAGACAUCCAUGUAGAGCCUGCCUCACUGACACAGCUUGGUGGUGCCAGCAGAAGUACAGGGUGGGCAGCCAAUGGGCCAACAAGCAUCCUAGCAGGCAGCAGGGCUCAGCAGCUGCUUGUUUUGGCCACACCUCCCACAGCCUGUGAAAGACCUCAACCCUCAUCUUGCUGGAAAUAGAUGAGCACACCGAAGCGUGAGGCUUCUUUACUUCUUUUUCUCCCAGGACAGGUAAAAUAUGCAGAAAGGUGUGACAAAUAAAGGGAGAGAAUUGCUUUUCAGAAAAAAAAUCCCACCUCAGAAGGCAUCUUUGUUACAUUAAGCUGGCAACGUGUUCUUCAUCCCUGCACAGCACUUCCUACAGCUGACAAGCGUUUGUCUGACACCAAUCUUAAAUAAACUGCAAAGAUGACAGCA